AUGGCAGGUUGUGACAUGGCAGGUGGUGACAUGGAAGGUGGUGGCGUAGCAGGUGUUGACGUGGCAGGUGGUGACGUGACAGGUGGUGACGUGGCAGGUGGUGACGUGGCAGGUUGUGACGUGGCAGCUGGUGGCACGGCUGGUUCUGUCCAAGUCGAGGAAGAGGGGGAAGGAAGCAUGGCCAGAUCCAGGUCGAGCCCCUUCACCCCUUCACCCCUCACCCCCCUUAGCACUUAG